AUGGCAGAUAGGGUCUUAACAGCUAAAACAGUGGGUUUGCAGUGGAGAGAUGUCUCUGAACAUGAAAAUGGCAAUGAGAUAUAUGAGGAUAACGAAGGGAGUUUUCAUGGGUUUGAGUAUGGUAAUGGUAGUGAAGUUGGGGUUGAAAGUGAGAUUGAAUAUUUAACUAUCCCACCACCACGACCCACUGACUUUGAAUUAGAAGAAGAAGAGUAUGCUCAAGACAUAGAAGGAGAGAAGAAUGUUGAUAUUCCCAUUGAUCCCAACACAUGGUGGACCUCUGUGACAACUUUGUGCACUGAAACAUUAGAAGUGGAAGAUGGUAUUGACAGUGAAGAAGAUCUAGCUAGCUUGGCAAGUGAUGAUGAUGAUCCAAGUGUUCGAAAAAGGGGGUUUAAAGAGUACAAUCCAAAGACAAAAUGGGAAGACUUCAAGUUCACACUAGGCAUGCAAUUUGGCACUGUUUAUUUACUAAGAACAGCCAUUAAGGAGUAUUUCAUUCAAAAUGAUAGAGAGUACAAGUAUUUGGCCAAUGAAUCAUAUCGAGUGAGAGCUAUAUGUAGAGCUAAAGGCUGUCCAUGGGUUUUAUAUGCUCAUGUUCUUGGUGAUAAGACAACAUUUAGGGUGAACACACUAGUUGAUUCCCACUUAUGCCCUUUUGUAUUAAACAAUAGACACGUGGACUCCAAAUGGGUAUCAAAGCACUUAUUGGAACAAUUUAGACUGAAUCCUAAUAUGGAGUACCAAAGAUUUAAAGAACUAACUCAGAAUACCAAGUUUUCUAUGAUAUCUAAGUGGACUUUUUAUAGAACAAAGGAAAAGGCAAUGGAAAAAUUGGAAGGGACUGUGGGAGAGCAAUAUUCCAUUUUAGAUGACUAUUGCAAGCAGUUGGUGGCUACUAAUCCAGGAAGCACAACCAUAUUGAAGACUAGGAUGGAGAAUGAUAAAAGGAUUUUUGAAAGAGUCUAUAUUUGCUUGAAGAGUUGCAAAGAUGGAUUUUUGAAGGGUUGUAGGCCUUUGAUGGGAUUAGAUGGAUGCUUCUUAAAAGGGUAUUGUAAAGGCAUGCUACUUGCUGCUGUUGGGAUUGAUGGAAACAAUAGUAUGUUCCCCAUAGCAUAUGCAGUGUGUGAGAAGGAAAAUACAGACACUUGGACUUGGUUUUGUGAGCUACUCAAAGAAGACUUGAAUGUUGAUAACUCGAUCCAGUUCACAUUUAUAAAUGAUAAGCAAAAAGGCCUUGAAAAUGCAGUUGCUUGUGUUUGGGAAGGAUCUGAAACUAGAAACUGUGUAAGGCAUCUUCACAACAAUUUCAAAAAAGAGUUUCAUGGAUUGCUCAUGAAGCAACUAUUGUGGGCUGCUGCAAGGGCAACAACACCUCAAGAAUUUAAGAGGAAGAUGCAGGCAAUUAAGGAUGUCAAUCCACAUGCAUAUGCUUGGCUAGCUGGUAAGUUGCCUAAUCAAUGGACAAAAUCUCAUUUUCAAGAAACUGUAAAGUGUGACAUGUUAGUCAACAACCUGUGUGAAAUUUUCAAUGCUACUAUUAUGAUUGCUAGGGAUAAACCUAUUGUGACUUUGUUAGAGAAGGUUAGGGCUGAUGCAAACAGAUUUGAAGUUAAUCAAGGUGGAAUGAGCCAAAUUUUUGCGGUAGAUCUAGUUAAAAUGACAUGUACUUGUAGGAGGUUUGAGUUGUCAGGUAUACCGUGUGCACAUGCUCUAGCAUGUAUUUGGAGCUGCAACGAUGAUGUCAUGAAUUUUAUCCACGAGUAUUAUAAGAAAGAACGGUUUGUGGUAGCAUAUGGUGGGGUUGUAGGGCCAAUGCCAAGCCCAGAAAAUUGGCCUAAAACUGGCCUUAACCUUAUUCAAGCUCCUGGUGAAAACAAUCUCCCUGGAAGACCUAAAAAAAAGAGAAGAUGGGGUACCGAUGAGCCUCCUCUGGGAGCAACAAAGACUAAGAGAACAGGCCAGCAAACAACAUGCAACAACUGUAAGGAGGUGGGCCACUACAAGAACUCAUGUAAAAAACCCGUUGUUAAGAAGGCUCCAAUUGCAAAGAAAAAUGGAAGACCACCCAGCAAGAAUCCAUCUCAAGAAACUAAAAAGAGAAGAGAAAGAAGACACAAACAACAAGCAAGGGAAGUUGGUCCAAGUUCUUAG